UUAAGAACUGCACAGGAAUCGGCAUCGCAGGCCGUCACUUUCAAGGACUUCGUUACACCAACUUCAAGGGCCAACAACUCCUUCUCUGCAGGAGCAACGACAACAUCAGCAGUCGGUACUACUGGAGUGCAUUUGUCCUGCUUAUUUCCUGUGGGUGGUACAGUUGCGAGCAUCUCAUCUGUACUGCGUGCUCUUACUUGGUCCACAUGCCUUUUCACAGUUUGUCCCUGUCCCAGAGUGGUCUUGUACGAAAGAGGUCCUGUGCAACUUUCCACUACUGCAGAAUUUUGUUCUUUACGUCAGGAAGAAAACUGCACAGGAAUCGGCAUCGCAGGCCGUCACUUUCAAGGACUUCGUUACACCAACUUCAAGGUUCUUCAUUUGAGUGCAAACAUGUACAACAUCACAGUGUCAUGUGCAGAGAUUCAGACUCCAGUGGGGUUUGUGUAUGUGAUUCUGUCUGUUAUAAUGAAUCACAUCAAUAAUCCUGACUGUGAUCAGAGCUGGUAUCUACAGGACGGGCGUCUGAUAGCAGAUCCAUCAGAUCCUCAAACACUGAUUGAUCCUGUGAUUUCUGUCUCGUCUGAUCGUCUCGUCACGUCUCGCUGUGUGAAUCUGACUCAUGAGAUCAUCUGUCAUUCUGUUGGAUUCAGAUACGAGACUAUAUUCAGAGUGUUUAAUGGCACAGACUCCUUCAGCGGAUCGACUCAAACUCCAGAAUCACAUCAGUGGUGGUGGAUUUCUGCUCUGAUCUUCAUUGUUCUUCUGCUCUUGAUCUGUUUCUUGCUGCGGAAAAAGAUCUUCAGAUGUUUUCAGCGCAGUGAUUCAGAAAACAGAGAUCCUGAAUCUGGUGUCCAAAUGCAGCUCAGAUCUGAUGAAUCUGAUUCACUGAAUCAAUCUGAAUCUGAUUCUCUCAGAGAUCCUGAAUCUGGUGUCCAAAUGCAGCUCAGAUCUGAUGAAUCUGAUUCACUGAAUCAAUCUGAAUCUGAUUCUCUCAGAGAUCCUGAAUCUGGUGUCCAGAUGCAGCUCAGAUCAGAUUAAUCUGAUUCACUGAAUCAAUCUGAAUCUGAUUCUCUCCGAGAUCCUGAAUCUGGUGUCCAGAUGCAGCUCAGAUCAGAUUAAUCUGAUUCACUGAAUCAAUCUGAAUCUGAGCAGAUCAACGGCUCCAUGUCCAGAGGAUGAUCUUCAUCUUCAUCAUCAUAAUCUUCUUCUUCUUCAUCAUCAUCAUCAUCUUCUUCAUCUUCAUCAU